UGAUGAGGAUGGAUAUAGAUUUAUGAGCAUGGAUUAGAAUCAUGGAUGUUAAUAUUUUUGGUUAAUGAAAUAUUUUUGAAAGAUGAAUUGUUAGCAUAUUGAAGUUUUAUGAUAUUUUUGAGAAACUUAUGUCAUUAUUUUUCUCGUGUUUAUGAAAGUUAUUUUCCAAAGCUGGGAUACUUACAAAACAGUAACCAAGUAUUGAGAGAAAGGUUUCCAGAUUAAAUGCAUCUUUAUUUCUUGUUAUAUUUUUUUUUUAUUCACAAUUUUUUUUUUUUUUUUUUUUUUUGGGUAAAGUUAUUCUCUUGUAUCAUGCCUAUUUUUGUUUUCUAAUUGUUCCCUAAGCCUAUUUUGCCAUCCACUGGGGCUUUGUGUAACAAAAUUUUUGAUCAUUGUGAAUAUAUAUAUAGUUGCCUUGCCAAGCCAAUUCGGUGCAACCUUGUCGUCCCUUGGUACUUAUAUUUGCAGCACAAACGCCAAUGACAUUCCUGCUAUGUUUGACUAGUCUCGUACUCAGUUGCUAUUAAAAAAUAUUCAUCCACAAGUCGCCCAUGAAAGCUGCUUUGCCUUAUAGUAUAAUGGAAUGGCAAAGCGUGGAUUGCUCAAGCAACUUGUUGGUGACCUCUCCUUCCUCGACUCCUCACCCUUUGCCAAGCUCUUGGAUUCUUGCGUCCGCACAAAGUCGGCACACGAUGCACGCCGUAUCCAUGCCCGUAUCAUCAAGACCCAGUUUUCGUCUGAGAUUUUUAUACAGAAUAGGCUUAUUGAUGUGUAUGGAAAAUGUGGUUGCUUGGAUGAUGCACGGAAGAUGUAUGAUAAAAUGCCUGACAGGAAUGUUUUUAGUGGGAACUCCAUUAUAACUGUGUUAACAAAAUUGGGGUUUCUUGACGAGGCUGUGCAGAUUUUUGAAUCAAUGCCCGAACGUGAUCAAUGCUCUUGGAAUUCAUUGGUUGCGGGAUUUGCUCAGCAUGAUCACUUUGAAGAAGCUUUGGAAUGUCUUGUUGAGAUGCGUAGAGAAGAUUUUAUGCUUAAUGAAUACACGUUUGGUAGUACUCUUAGCGCUUGCUCAGGGUUGAGAGAUUUAAAAAUGGGUACCCAAAUCCAUGCUUUAAUAUCGAAAUCUCCCUACUCUGUUCAUGUUUAUAUGGGGUCUGCCCUAAUUGAUAUGUACUCUAAAUGUGGUAGUACAACUUGUGCACAAAGAGUUUUUGAUUGGAUGGAUGAGAAGAACAUUGUUUCUUGGAAUAGCUUGAUUAGUUGUUACGAGCAGAAUGGUCCAGCAAGUAGAGCUCUAGAAGUUUUCGGGAAGAUGAUGGAUUUUGGUUUUGAACCAGAUGAAGUCACAUUAGCCAGUGUGGUAAGUGCAUGUGCAAGCAUGUCGGCAAUAAAUGAAGGUCUGCAAAUUCAUGCCCGUGUUAUGAAAUGUGAUGAGUUAAGAGAUGAUCUCAUUUUAGGCAAUGCAUUGGUUGAUAUGUAUGCGAAAUGCAGUAGGCUAAAUGAAGCUAGAUGGGUUUUUGAUAGGAUGCCAAUGAGGAAUGUGGUCUCAGAAACCUCCAUGGUAAGCGGCUAUGCCAAGGCAGCAAGUGUAAAAACUGCAAGGUUAAUGUUUACAAAUAUGAUGGAAAGGAAUGUAGUGUCUUGGAAUGCACUUAUUUCAGGGUACACACAAGUUGGGGAAAAUGAAGAGGCACUUGCACUCUUCCUCCUCUUGAAAAGAGAAUCUGUUUGGCCAACCCACUACACAUUUGGGAAUCUCCUUAAUGCUUGUGCAAAUCUUGCUGAGCUGCAGCUUGGCAGGCAGGCUCACACACAUGUCUUGAAACAUGGAUUUCGUUUCCAGUCUGGGGAAGAGCCUGAUAUUUUUGUUGGGAAUUCUCUAAUUGAUAUGUACAUGAAAUGUGGAUCAGUUGAAGAUGGGCAUAGAGUUUUUGAAAAUAUGGUGGAAAGAGAUUGUGUCUCAUGGAAUUGUAUGAUUGUUGGGUAUGCACAAAAUGGUCUUGGAACUGAAGCUCUCAGAAUAUUCAGAAAAAUGUUAGUGUCUGGGGAGCAACCAGAUCAUGUGACCAUGAUUGGUGUCUUAUGUGCUUGUAGCCAUGGAGGGCUGGUUGAAGAGGGGUGGCACUACUUUCUCUCAAUGACGGAGGAGUUCUGUUUGGUACCAUUGAAGGAUCAUUACACAUGUAUGGUGGAUAUACUUGGUCGAGCUGGUUGCCUUGAUGAAGCAAAGAAUUUAAUAGAAGCAAUGCCAAUGCAGCCCGAUGAUGUUGUCUGGGGAUCGUUGCUAGCUGCAUGUAAAGUUCAUCGUAACAUUACCUUAGGGAAGUAUGUGGCAGAGAAACUUUUAGAAUUCGAGCCUAAGAAUUCUGGACCUUAUGUUCUUCUCUCAAACAUGUAUGCUGAGCUUGGAAGAUGGGGUGAUGUUGUUAGGACAAGGAAGCGAAUGAGACAACAAGGAAUUAUCAAGCAGCCAGGUUGCAGUUGGAUUGAAAUACAAGGGCAUGUAAAUGUUUUCACGGUCAAAGACAAGAGGCAUCCCAGAAGAAAAGAAAUCUAUUUGCUUCUCAAGUCACUCGUACGACAAAUGAAGCGAGCUGGAUACAUCCCGUAUGCUUUUGGUCAUGAGGUUGAUGAGGAAUAUAGUGACUCUGAAUUUACUUCAUGUUACACAAUGAAUACACCACAAUAUACUGUUGCUGGAUAUUAACUUGGCAAUAUUGGUAUUUAUACUAAUUUUUCUUUCAUAUGUCUUACCAGUACUUGAUCACAUUUUUUCCCCCAAUUUUGGGAUCACAUGGUUAUAAAUACAAUUUCUGAAAAAUCCUAUCUAUAUUAUAUUCUAUAAGUGGGUUGUUACCAUACUGAACUCAAACAGUUGUAUUUUUUUGUUGUUUAUUAAAGUAUUUCAUUAGUUCAAGUUGAAUACAAUGAAUAGACUACCUUACCUAUAGGCUAUG